CUGUGUGCUGUCAAACAUGUCGGCGAAACAGACUGACAGAAAUAAAUGGAGACGAAGAAAGUACUCCAAGUCCGCUGAUGAUGAUAAUGACUGUGCGAGCCUUGCGUGGCUUCUCAACUUUCGGUUGGACGAAAUCGUUAACGUUAAGGUGCCUGAUGAUGAGCCAGAUUUGAAGGAAGAUGUGGUUCCUGAUACCCCACCUGCGCCAAGGAAACCGCCUUAUACAUAUCCAGAGUUGAUAGAACGGGCGUUGAGGGAAAAGGGGGAAUUGACCGUCUCUGCGAUUUAUCAAUGGAUAUCAGAUCGCUUCCCAUACUACAAAGCGAACGACGAGCGUUGGAAAAACUCAGUGAGGCACAACCUCUCCAUCAACCCACAUUUCCGUAAAGGGGCCAGGGCUCCCCAAGGAGCUGGUCAUUUAUGGUCCUUGGCAGCAAACGCCAUUGACUUGCUGCCCUUGAGGAACAACCCUCCAGAGGAAGACAGUAGGACGAGGGAACCGGUGCAAAUGACGAGGAUCAUUGGCUGUCCUAAGGUUAUAGUUCUGGAUGAAGCCGCCAUUGCUGCAGCAAGUAUACUGCCUGACCAAGAUUUAUUUACAGGUGGUACAAUGUUCUUGAACCCAGUGUCGACGGAGCAAGUGGUCCGCGAGUGUGGGCUCAUCACGGCCGACUAGAGCGCCUCAAGUGUCAAUUUAGGAUAGACAACGGUUGACACGACUCCAUUUCGUUCAUUUUAAAAUGAGGCUUUGAACGUAUUAUACAAAAAAUCUUUGACAGAAAUGUACAAAAAACAUUUUAAGUACUAAUAUAAUUUUCAAUAACAAAUAUUGUAAACAUGACUAGAUAUCGACGUCUCGCGUCGCUAUUAUGCAUGUCACUCGAGACAAUGUAAGCAAACGUGCGUGUCUCUGCGUGGUAUUCCUCUAAGCGCACCUAUUGAAGCGAACCUUAAACAAAAAAUGCACCAUUUAUAUUUGGUGGUCAUGUAACCACUACAAUAACUUUAAAAUACCCUAAGCAAAUAGGUAUAAACUAAUAAGUACUUUAUAGGUUUUAGGUUCAUUUCAUAUUCGAAUGAAGAUACAUCUUCAAACGCUUUAUCUUUAAAAAGAAAUUAUUUCAUUCAAUGCAACUUUUUAUAGAUACAAAAUUAAACACAUAUAAUUGGUUAAUUUUGAAAUACCAGCUUGAUUACAUUAUAAACAACAACGUGUAUUCGACGAAUUUUGAUAACUCAUAAAAUUUUAGUUUCAUGCAAAAAUAAAUCUAUAAUUAAUUAUCCGUCCCAAAGUAAAUACCGAAGUGGACCGCGGGCGUGGCAAACGGGUGAGGUCCGACGGCGGCGCUGUCGCGUAAAGAUAGGAUAAUAAUAAUUUAGUCACUUUUAUCAAAUAUUUUGAGUUAUAUCAAAGCUUAUGGAACACAAGCUGUGUUGUUUAUGACUGUUCAAAAAUAACCCUUUUAAUCUUUUAGAAAAAACUAAAAACAAUUUUUCAUGUCAAAAUCCAACGUACACCCUCUCCAAAGCAAAGAUCUCCAAUGAAACAAUAUCACAUUACAACAUUUUAAUGCUAACAGCCAUAACAGAGGGCUCCCCGGGCUACAGACAGACCGACAUGAUACGGACAGUUGAAUGUGUAAUGUGUUCUUUGAAAAUUUAAUUCCACAUUUUCCUAGAUGCCUUUGUCCAUUCAAAAGGAUUUCAUCUGUAUCGCUGAUUGUAUUUAGCAAACAAUUUUGUGAUUUAAAAAUAGUUUUCCGCUAUGUUAUUUUUUCUCCUCCCUCUCCUCUUGUAGCCGCGAAAUCAGAAACAAGCGACUGCGUUUAGCAAACGCUUUAUGAUUGAAAAUAAGUUUUUAUUUGUUCGUCUUUCGCUAAACGAAGAUGCUUGUUUCCAAUUUCGUUUGGGGCUGUGAGAGGAUCUUCUUCAUAGUCGUAUUCCCCAUGUCUCACGGUCGUGGUCAUUACGUGGAAUUAAACACACACAACAACUUUCUUGGCUUUAGUAAUGGAGUGGUUUGCCAUUGCCUUCUCCAUUUCACACACAAAAUAAUAAUCAACCAGUGUGCAGGUUUCCUCACGAUGUUUUCCUUCACCGGAGAGGAUAGGGAGGAAGAAAUAAAGCCGUGAAGGGCCUAGACCUAUGCCCAGGUCCAGGGUCGAUCAGCGUAAAAAUACAUAAUAGUCGCCUACUAAACUAUUAAUAGGUUAAAAAUGUACCACUUACCUUAAUCACCAUUACGUCAAAUUCUAUUUACUUUAAUUAAUUUACAAACUGACAAAGAUUGCCACGAAUAUAAUUUUCAAAAUAUUUACUGAUAUAAUUAUUACAACAUUACCUUAUCAUUUAAACGUCUAAAAAUACCAAGCUCAAAUAGAUUUUCAAGCUUUGAUUUUAAUUAAGUAAUUAAAUUUGGUAAAAGCAGUUUAAUAGAUUUUUAUUUUCGAUUUUAUCAGCUUUCUAUCGAGAUAACAUAAUUAGGUUCACUUGAAAGCAUCAAUUACAAAAUUCUUGAAAUUGUCGUCGUUUCAACCGUUGGUAAUAUAAAUAAUAUAUUAAUUAAUUACUACUUAGAGAUCUCACUAUACUAUGUAAAGAUAAGGAUUGAUGU